ACUGGAGCCCUCUGCCUUCAUUCGCUCGUCGUCAGUCGUUGUUAGCAUACGUCACGGAGUUUGUGUUGUGUUUUAUUUACUCUUGCAUCCAUUACUUCACACUCUUGCACACAAACACAAACAGAAACACACACACACAAAGACAAACACUCUACUCUCUCUCACCCCUGUGAGCAGCCUAAAUAAAACAAAAAACAAACACAACAGUGCGUUGAAAUUUAUAAAACUAAAAACAUUUAUAAAUACUUUUGUGCAAAAAGCUAAAGUUUGUGGUACUAUUCUGGAUCAAUAAAAGCUAAGCAGCAAUUACAAAUCCAACGCUGAACGACAAAGACGAACACACAAGCGUACAAAACAAAAAGGAAAAAUAAAAGACUGACAACUAAAUAAAGCAUAUAAAACAUAUAAUAUACACACACACACACACACACCGAGCAAUCUCCAAAUAUAUAUAGCUUGAUCUCAAAACUCAAACGAUAAGCAAUAAGCAUAGCAAUCAAUCGAACAAUCGUUCAAUCGAAGCAGCGCCGCAGCCUUUGAAUUCAUUUGUAUAAUGCUUAGCAGUCUCGCAACGUUUCUAUUUGGAGCGCAGCAAGCAACUGAUACAAGUGAAGCGAACGCAGCUCAGCAGUCCAACGCCAAGUCGAACCAGGAGCCUGCCCAGGAGCCAACAGCGGGCGAUGUAAUUGAAGUGACCUCAUCGACGCCUUCGGUGGCAGGCAACAGCCGCGGCACAGUGCAGCGUGGCAAGCGUGCUGCGGGCAAGAACAAGCGUGGCAAGGCCAAUAAGCAACGCAGCAGCAGCAGCAGCGGCAGCAACAAGCAGCAGCCGAAUCUAAGCAAGCUGCUCAGCCCCAAUCAGGAGGAAGACUUUGACGAGGACGAAUGGUAUAUUGUAGAGAAGCAAGACGAGGAGGAUGGCGAGUCGGACUCGCUGCCACGCAGCGACUCCGAGGAGGAGCUCUCUGUGGGCGAGCUGCUGCCCAAGCCGAAUGUUGCUGCCAUUGCGGCAGCUGCAGCAGCAGCCGCGCGACGUCGCCAGCAUGUCAAUACGCAUUCCCUGUACAGCGGACCGCGGCCGCAGCAGCAGCGCAACUAUUUGCAGCGCACGCGUGCCGCCGCACGCCCGCUGAGCAUCAGCACCCUAAGCCCGCCCAGAAGUGUGCACGCCGCCGCUGGCGACUCUGACACGACUGGUCUGCUGAUCAGUCAGUCGCUCUAUGCGCCGUCACUAUCGCCCACGGGCAGCGAGCUGGCAGCUGGCGCUGGAGCGGGCGCUUUGAUGGAGGAGUCCUGGUACGUAACACCGCCACCAUGCUUCACCUCGAUUGGGCCAAUCAAUAUGGAAGCAUCACCUUUUGAGAAUCUAUUGAUUGAGCAUCCAAGCAUGUCUGUUUAUCACAGUAUUAGAAGCAGCCAGGCAGGCACCGAAAGCUUUGUAAAUCUUGAUCUCGCGGCAGCAGAGGCCACUGAGUCCGCCGCCGCUGUCGCCACGCCCCAGGCAGCAACUGUCGCCGUCUCGCAGUCGCAGCGUUCGCAUAGCGCGCGCUAUGAUCGUCAUGCAGCUGCCGAGCUGAAGCAGCAGACGCUGGCACGUCAGAGCCAGAAGAGCAACACCAAGAAGCAGCAGCAGCAGCUCGGCCGCAGCGCCAUUAAGCGUGGCAACAAGGUGCGCGACGCUCAGGCUAAAGGUCAACGUCCGCGCCGCUCCGAUAUGCAGCACUGCAAGCUCGUCAGCGGUGCCAACAACAAUCGCAAGUGCUGCUAACUGAUCGGAGCAACAACAGCAACAGCAACAGCAACAGCAACAUAUGCAAACAAUCAAGG